CAUUAGAUUUCAUAGUUGAUAUACAACAAGAAUGACAAUAUUACAUGAAUAAGGAACUAGAAAAAAGACUAAAAUUCAUGGUCCAAAAAUUCCAAAUAUAGUUAUGUUAUACACACAUUCAUCCCCUCCAUCAUCAUCAUCAUCAUAUUCAUAUCCCAUGCAAUACUCCAAUGUUGUAAGAAAAUCUCUCCCUCUUUUACGGUUAAGUUUUCUUCUUUUUCUUGGCUUUAUGCUCUUAUCAUCAUGUUAUUAGAGUAGUUGUUACUUAAAAGCCUCAAAUCAUCCCUAAAACCCUCCUAUAUAUCACACUAACACAUAACAAACACUCUUCAUUCAUUCUUUUUUAUACUACUUAUAACAACACACACUUUCUUCAUUCUUCUCCUUCUCAAUUACCUAUUUCUCUCUCUCUUCUCUCUUUCAUUCUCUCCUCAUUUUACAUAGAUUUUGAGGAGAAUUUUGAAGAGAGGAAAAAUAUGGUGUCGUCGAGAAAUGAGUUGUUACCAUUUUUAGCAAUGGUCAUAGUUCAAAUAGCGUAUGCUGGGAUGAACAUUACCUCUAAGGUGGCUUUGGAAUCCGGCAUGGCACCUCUUGUUCUUGUUGUUUAUCGUCAAGUUUUUGCCACCCUUGCUAUCGCUCCUUUUGCUUAUUUCCUUGAAAGAGAAAAAAGGCCCAAGAUCACCAAGAAAAUUCUCUUUCAAAUAUUCCUAUGUUCCCUUUUUGGGGCAACCUUAAACCAGAUAUUUUAUUUCGUGGGAUUGAAAGCAACCACUGCUACAAUUGCUUGUGCAUUGAAUAACAUGCUCCCAGCAAUGACCUUCCUCCUUGCCAUUCCUUUAGGGUUAGAAACAGUUGGAAUCAAGACGAUGGGAGGACAAGCCAAAAUAAUAGGCACAAUAGUGUGCAUUGGUGGAGCUAUGCUACUUUCAUUUUACCAUGGUCAUCUCAUCGACAUACACCAACCCGAUUUUCACUGGCAUUUUGCUGGUAAUGGUUCUGCGAACACAAACACAAAUGGUUCAAGUAGUCACCUAAGCGCGUUGCUAGGACCAAUUCUUCUCCUUGCAAGCAACCUUGCUAUGGCUAUUUGGUUCGUCAUCCAAGCCAAAAUGAGUGAGGAUUUUUCGGCUCCUUACACAAGCUCGGCCUUAAUGGGUUUCAUGGGUAGUAUCCAAUGUAUCAUAAUAGCGGCUUGCACGAACCAUCAACUUUCGGAUUGGUCCUUAAGCUCUCCUAUUAGAUUGGUUGCUGGUCUUUACGCGGGUGUUGUUGGCUCUGGAGUUGCGGUUUGCCUAAUGGCAUGGACGAUUCAAGUAAAAGGCCCUUUGUAUGUUUCAGUGUUCAGCCCCUUGUUGUUGGUGAUUGUGGCUUUGCUUAGUUGGGCCUUGCGCAUGGAGAAACUCUAUAUUGGAACGGCUAUAGGAUCGGUGUUGAUAGUAUUGGGCUUAUACGCAGUCUUAUGGGGAAAGAACAAGGAAAUUCUCAAUGUUAGUAACGAAACGGACAUUGCUAGUAUCAUAUAUGAAGACGACAAAGAUGAUCAAGCAGAGAAGGAAGAUGUGGAGAAGCAACAACAAUUGGUGAUCAUAAAGGCCAAAUUUGGUGAUCAUUUGGAGUUGAUAAUAUGAUGAAGAGUUGUUAUCGAUGAUUGUCAAUGAAUGUAUGAUGUUAUGUUACAUGCAAGCUAGUUUUCUUGCUCAAAAAGGGUCUUGAAGGGAAUGUCAAAUUUCAGGUCUCCAUCUCAAUUAAAAAAAAAAAGAGAGAAAAAAAAAAAAAAAAUGUCCCUUCAAAUUUUCGUAAAUUUAAAAUUGUCAAAUUAGCUAUAUCUUCCUAUAUCUAGGUUGUGGUUGCCUUGUUCUUCCAAUGGAAUUAUAUGUGGAAUAGGUCAUUGCUUGGGCUGAAAGAAACUUUUCAAUUAUGAUAUAUGGAGUAUAUUGCUCAAUUUUGAUAUUGAAA